AUGCCAGUUUCUGUACGUAUUCUGUUGAUGUACUGCUGCUUCAAACCCACUCCAGAAUUUUCUCCAUUGCUUGGAUUCCCAUCAAAAUUUUUAAGGGCAAGAUAUGGAUACCCAAUUCAAAAUAGUCUACCUCAGUUCAGGUAUUCCAGAUGGAUGGAUCUAGAUAUUGGACCGGAAACAGCCAAGCAAUUUGUUGAAGUUGUGGGACGUGCAAAAACUAUUGUUUGGAAUGGACUAGCAAGUAUGUUUUCUCGAGAGCAACAAAAGCUAUGA